UUAACUCGGUGUUUGUACAGCAGAGUGCUUUUAAUUAUUCGAAUAUCUGCUGUAUACAUUUUAAUUGUUAAAGUACUGUGCUGUACUGUUUCAACAGAAAAUCAAAUUCAGUGUCCAACAUGCCUAUUCCAAAUACAAUCAAAUGAAAUAUUUUUUUUUUAUUACUAAUCAAUUAUGAAAAUAUAAAUUUCAUUUUCACAUAUAAAAAAUGUACAAGACAAAGAGUUAUUUGUAGGCGUACUAUCCUCCACAUUAUGAUGAAAACACAGUUGCUGUUAUCACUCAAAAAAUGUUUGCAACAACCCAAUUAAAUAUCAGGCAAUCUUCUUACAAAUUGCAGGAGACCAACUAAAAGAAAUGUAGUUUUAUCCCCUGAAAAAAAAAAAGUAUUUUGAAAGAUGAAAAGUGACCCCUCUGUAUACAUACAUAUUUAAAUGAAUAUGAUAUAGCAAUUUUUCAUUAAUUUUUCAGAAGUCGAGGCACAGUGCCUAAAACAUUUGCACAGUAUGGCUGCAAAUCCUGCACAUUCGCGUGCUAAAUGUUUCCAAAAUGGAAAUUAAUAAUAGAUUAACUUCUCUGCUUUAUCUGUCUUCUUCUCACUGACAGCUCAUAAAACUCAGCAGCUGAUUUGGCUCUGGCUCUGAUAACAUGCAGAACAUUUCAUUUUUAAAUUUUCCACUAAAAUUGCAAUAUUUAUUACAUUCACAUUCUACAAUGGUAAGUAUUGAUAACCAGUGGAAGCAGUGUAACUGAUGUUAUUUUGAAUUUAGUUUAUAAUGAAGUGUAUUUAAUUCAAAGUAAGGAGCUGAUAAUGUCUCCGUUUCAUCUGCACUCAGACUUGUACUUCAUUUUCUUUGUCCUCCAUGCCAGACAUGGCCGUCUGUGUUGUUAUUUUUUGCAGAGUGAUGCAGGUUACAUGCUUCCGUGGAUGCUGUGAUGGAUGCCAAACAGAAUACUGCAGAUGUAGAUGGAAAGCCGGAUGACUGGAGUGAUGAAAAACAGACAUAUCAUGACUCACCAACCACUGCUGCAAAGUCAGCCAUUACACCCUACAGCUGCACUGCAGCUCACACAGACCUUCAGAUGAGGCAAAAUGCUGGAGUUAAUUUAGCACCGUCCAUGUGUGAGCCACAAUCUGUAAAUGAAGAGCCACGACCUCUAUUUGCCCCACUGCCAUCUUCCACAGACGCUCGCACCAUCUCUGGAGUGAGUGAGACAGAAACGCCAAUCAGCACGAAUAAGCACAACCUGAAAACUGUCCAUGCUGAAUCAUCAGAUGCAUUUGACAUCUGUGCCUCCAUCCUCAUGGGCUGCCUGUUUUGCCACCCACUGGACUGCCUGUCAGCUGCAAUAAGAGGGUGCUACACAUGCGUGUGGUCGCUGUGCUCUUCUGUGUGCAGCUGCGAGCCUGCUGCCCUGCAGUCGCUGGUGGACAUCACGCACUGCUGUGACCUCUGCAGCUGCUUGGGUAUUCGCAGCCUCGUGUGCGACUGUUCCAUCUGUGACAUGUGCCUCCAGGCCACAGAGUGCCUGGACCUCGCCAUGGAGAUGUCUCAAAUGCUUUAUCACUGAACCCACAGUCACAUUAUUGGCUGAAGUGACAUGAAUCAAUUUUAUUUUAAAACUGCAAUUUGAUCAGGAGUAGUGUCAAAGCCAACUUGAAAAGAUGCUUAAAAAUUUUCCCUAUUCAAACAGAACCCAUCAAAUUGAAAACUAGCCAGUGUCAGACAUGUACGUCUACAA